UUGACAAAGAUGCAUGGCGGACGGAACCUAAAGAACUCGUGACGACAAUUAUUAUUAUUAUUAUUAGAUUUUUUUGCAUUAGAAUGUCAGAAGUGCUGUUCAAAGUCUUGAUAGUUGGAGAUGCUACUGUUGGCAAAACCUCUUUCGUGCAAAGAUACGUGCAUGGGAACUCAAGAAGGGAGUACAAACCAACUAUUGGAGUUGAUUUUGCCCUUAAAGUAAUAAGAAAAGAAAACACUACAGUGAGAUUACAGCUAUGGGAUAUUGCAGGCCAAGAGAGAUUUACUUCAAUGACUCGCGUAUAUUACAAAGGUGCGGCAGCAUGUGUCAUUAUGUUUGACUUGACCAGUCAGCAAACCUUCAAUAGCACCAUUAGAUGGAAACAAGACCUGGACAGCAAGUGUACUUUACCAGGAGGAAAGAAUAUUCCAUGUAUUCUUGUUGGAAAUAAG